CAUUUUUCUUUUAAAAGAAGUAAUAUCAAAAACACAGAUUUAGUUAUUAACAAGAAAAAAAGAACUCAAAAUACAUAAUUAAUUAUAAAAUAUUUAUUUACAUUGCGACGAAUUAAUUAACAAUACAAUACCAAUUACUUUUACAUUCGUUUUUAUAAAACAUUCGCAAGUUAUUGGGAUUUAAUAACAAAAACAACAAAUUAGUUAUCUAAGAAAAAAUGGCACGUGGUCACCAAAAAUUACAAUCACAAGCAAAAGCUCAAGAAAAACAAGCAAAACUUAAGAAACAACAAGGACACAGUGCCAACGAACAAAAGAAGGCUGCCCAAAAAGCAUUAGUUCAUGUUUGUGCCGUAUGCAAGUCCCAAAUGCCUGAUCCUAAAACGUACAAACAACAUUUUGAAAAUAAACAUCCCAAAAAUGAAAUGCCACCAGAACUAAAGGACGUCUAAUAGGAGUAUUUUUUUUUUUAAUUUUAUCAUUUUCAAUACGCGCACCCGCCUUGGACUUAAGGGUUAUUGCUGAGCAGCUUGCUGUAUAAUCUUGUAAUUAAAAAAAGCUGUUUAAUUUAUUUACAUAUACAUCUUUUUAUUAUAAAACAAUAUUAUUUUCCUUUUUCUUCUUUUUUAUGAAAAUUUGUGAAUUACAUACAUAUAAUUAUUAUAAUACAAAAAACAAUAAAAAAAGAACAUGACUACAGACACAUACAUAAUACAGCCGAUAUUAAA